AUCGUUGGCAACUUCCCCUGAGCUUUAAAUGCAGGAUCGGACGAACGACUGAAGAAAAGUAUUGCGGAAUUGUGACGUGCUGACGCUUCCAAACCCAACUUGAGAUCUUCUUUCAAGACCUGCAACGAUUUUAAGCUCCGCAAUUGGCUGUUACCACCCUGGGUUAUCGAUAGCUUUCUAGCACGAGGGAAAUCUCAGUCGCGUCAAAAUCACGCGCUUUUCUUACUCCGACAGCAGAGCCAACGUAGCCUCAGCAGUGGGAUCGACGAUUCGCGAGGAAAGGUGUCGCCGAAAUGAGUCACAAGCAUCAGACCCUCCGCUUUGCGAGCGACGCAACUGCGGGCGAUGGUAUCUGGGGCUAUCCAACAAGCAAGGCAAACUUCUGCGAAGAAGACUACAUCUUCACGCGCUACAUCGCAGAGUUCAUCAAUUGUCUAUCCAAUGCCACGUACAUCUACCUCGCCCUGAAGUACCCCAGGGCCAACUCCAAGGCCGCGGUGCCAUGGUACCGAACCCUCGACAUCCAAUCCAUCGGUCUCCUCGCCGUCGGUAUCUUCUCUGGCGUUUUCCAUGGCACCAUGCACCAGGAGACGCAGCUCCUCGAUGACCUGUCCAUGCUGGUCCUCGCCGGCUCGCUCGUACAGCCCCUGUACGCCUUCCGCCAGUCGCGCGCCGUGGGGGCCGCGAUCACCACCAUCCUCUGGCUCGGCAUCGCCACCAUGGCCGUCAUCUACGUCCGAUCGGGGGACAUUGCCAUCCACGUCGCGACCUUUACCGGACUGUUGACAUUUGUCUGGCCGCGCACGCUGUUCAUCGUCUACUGGACUGGACGCUACUCGAAAGAGCAGCAAAAGGGACUGAUGAAGCAGUUCUGGAAGGCUUGCAUCAUCUUGAUCGUGGGUUUCACGCUCUGGCAUAUCGACUUGGAGUUCUGCGCCGAGCUGAGAGCCGCGAGGAAGAGUCUGGGAUUGCCUGCCGCGUGGCUGCUGGAACUCCAUGGAUGGUGGCACAUCUUCACCGCUCUGGGCGCGAGCUGGUACAUGAGGUUGAUUCGGGAGCUGACCUCAGUCGAGCAGACCGCUGUUGGGAAGAAGGCGCAGUAAAUACAAGCGUAGUGGACGCCCCCGUUCGACUUCCUGCGGGCCCGGCAUCAUUGCUCCAUCAUGCGAUGCGGCUCGACAUACGCUCGUAGGUUUAGCAUUUCCCAAUCAGCCCGGGAAACUGAUGACAUAUAGACAUCACCUAGAACUCAGCGUUUAGGCGGCAGCGUUUGGAAGUCAGGACCUAAGUCUGGUGGCAUCAAAUAAAAGAUAAUUCUUCCCAUCCUAGGGUACGACUGCGGAAGGAUCUAAAACACCUAGCUCUUGCAUUCCUCUCUGAAAACACACUGAAAGCCAUCCGCCG